AUGGACUUCGACCACACGAUCAUCUCCGAAGCAGAUCUUACCCGUCUCCUGCCCACCUGUCAACGAUGUCGUCGUCUGCGCCGCAAGUGCGACACAAAUCUCCCAGCUUGUCGGUUAUGCCAGAAGGGCAAAGCAGAGUGCACCUUCUUCGAUCAUGCCUUGCAACAAACUCUGCCGCGGAGUUAUGUGCAUUCGCUCUUGACCCGUUUAAGCCGGCUACGGUCCGUUCAGGCCACGGUCAAUGGCUCUGAUGAAUCUCUGGCAGCCCAACCGAUUGCUCCUCAUGAGGGAAACGCGUCCAUUGAAUCUUCCCAUCUCGAGCCGCCUCACAAUGAAUGGGGCACUUAUACCAGCGAGCUUUCUCUCGACAAACACUUUAUCAUCGAGCACGCCAAUCCCACCUGUUGGCAGUUCCUAGGCAGCAGCUCACCGUAUGCUCUCAUCGUCGAGGUCCUCGUGCAUGCUCAAGCGAAGCUCGGGUCCAUCGUCCAUCAUCCAGAUUACGCUGGGCCCGAGUUCUGGCUCAAUGCUCAGAGCACCGAAGUCGGGGAACCCUUGCAGCCAAGAGCCGCCCCGUCUCGUGCCGAAAUUGAGAUGCUCGUUGAUCUAUACAUGUCGACUUCUAAUCAACUGAUGGUAUUCUUCGAUCCUGAGGACAUCGCCUUGGACAUUGACAUAUAUCUACGCCACCAUGGGACUAACAUAAAGUAUCUGUCUGGGAAGGAGGCGCAUCAGUUUUUCCGAGUUGCGAUGAUUUGUGCCAUCGCCUCCGCCAACAAGGCCAGACACCACUCGAUCUACGACACGGAAUCCAUAGCGUACUAUGCCGAAGGUUUGCAGUGUGUCGAGGAAGUUACAUCAGAUAUAUCUGCCGACGCUCUGCAAGCUCUUUUGCUCCUGAUCGUCUUUACUCUUUUCCACCCCAGAAAAGGUGAUCUCUGGAAACUGUUAGAUUUUGCCUGCCGCUUGAGCGUCGAGCUUAACUAUCACAGCGAAACGAACGACGAGUACGAAGAUGAGAGAAGUCGAAGAAAGCGCCGCUCUAUCUUUUGGGGUCUUUAUUGUGUCGAACGCACGAUGGGCCAGCACCUCGGUCGGCCCUCCGAUCUGGCGGAAGAGAUUAUUACUACUGAGUAUCCCGCCUCGUUGAAUGCAGCCACUCUUGCAGAUCCCGAGUCCCUGCAGCUCGUGCUUACAUCUCACUAUUACCGCCUGACGUAUCUUCGCUCCGAGAUCUUUCGCGAACUCUACCUCCCGGCUGUGGCACCUAAUUUGUCACGCAAUUGGUACGAACAAAGUCUUGAGCACAUCUUAUCGUGGCGGCGGGAGCUCGAGUUCAUUAACAACCCCCUGGGUAUGGGUAGCAUGACGUGUGAUAUUGGAUUGGACUCAUCUAUAUGUUUCCUGUUCCAGCCACUCUUGUUGCGAGCGUUGGCCGCGACCAAGGAGCCCAUGCUCGGCCCGGAAGUGACCGAAGUGAUUCCACGCGAAAGCUACCAUUCAGCUGUCAAGGUUGUUGAGUUUUACGACAAGAUUUUCCGCGGCGCCGAAGGAACUCCCUGGGGAAUGUAUCCCAUCACUAUAAACUCCGCACACUACCUUCAACAAGCUGCUAUAACAAUCAUGGCUCAUUGUUUGUUAGCCAUUGAUGGCAGACUUCCAGUUGUGACCUUUUCACGCGAACUCAGUGGUGAUGCAGAAGGGCCUGUGGAUUUUAAUGGCAUCCAUGAAAUCUCAGGAACAUGUCUGAUCCUCCUGAACACGCUCUCGAAGAAAUGGGCAGGUAUGGUGGGUAUCUUGGAUAUCUACAAGAGCCUACAAGCCAAAGUGCUGCCUAUCAUGAUGCGCAGUGGCCUGGGCUGA